CAAGAACACACCCUAGAAUGCAGUUUCCUGGUUCUCGGAACCGGUGGAAUUUAGGGUGGGGCGACUUCCUAUUUCGAUUCUUAAGCAAUCUUGGCCUCCGCUGGCUGCCGUAAAAGGGGUUGGGCUUGGUGAUCUCCCGCCAAUUUAAACCUGUGGGAUGGGCCCUGACGCGUCUAGGAGCCGCUGUGGGUGUCCGAAGAGGGGCUGUAAACUUGACUGUUCUUUAGUUUCUUCAAUUGCGGGGAAGGCAGUGGUUCCUGAUUCAGGAAAACAGUCUCAGCAACAUGUGGAGUGAUAUUGAGCUACUAACAAGCGAUGACACAGGAAGUGGGUACCUAAGUGUUGGUUCAAGGAAAGAACAUGGAACUGCUUUAUAUCAAGUAGAUUUACUAGCAAAGAUCUCCUCUGAAAAGGCCUUGCUAAAUCCAAAAAUACAAGCAUGCAGUUUAAGUGAUGGAUUUAUUAUUGUAGCAGACCAAUCAGUGAUACUGCUGGACAGUGUUUGUAGAUCGCUUCAAUUGCAUCUUGUAUUUGAUACUGAAGUGGAUGUGGUUGGCCUAUGUCAAGAAGGAAAGUUUCUUUUGGUUGGGGAGAGAAGUGGCAACUUGCAUCUUAUUCAUGUAACAUCAAAGCAAACAUUACUGACCAAUGCUUUUGUUCAGAAAGCUAAUGAUGAAAAUCAGCGUACUUAUCGGAAUCUUGUUAUUGAGAAAGAUGGUUCACGUGAAGGUACCUAUUAUAUGCUGCUUCUUACAAACAAUGGAUUUUUUUGUGUCACAAACCUUCAGCUUGUAAAGAUUCAACAAGCAAUUGAAAAGGUAGACUUCGAUACAGCAAAAAAGUUACAAGGACAAAUCAAAUCCAGUUUUAUUUCUACUGAAAAUUAUCACACCCUCGACUGUCUCAAUCUUGUGGCUGGUGAUUUAGCGAGCGAAGUCCCUGUGAUAAUUGGGGGAACCGGUAAUUGUGCAUUCUCAAAAUGGGAACCAGAUGCUUCUAGGAAGGGAAUGACGGUGAAAAAUGUUAGUGAUGCAGAGAUUAUUCAAGGUGCAAAGAAGUUCCAGCUGAUAGACAAUCUACUUUUUGUUCUUGAUACUGAUAACGUGCUGAGCUUAUGGGAUAUCUACACCUUAACUCCCAUAUGGAACUGGCCCUCCCUUCACAUAGAAGAGUUUCUUCUCACCACAGAAGCAGAUUCGCCUUCAUCAGUCACAUGGCAAGGGAUUACAAAUCUCAAAUUAGUAGCUCUGACAACUACUACUAAUAAGAAGAUUAAAAAUCUCAUGGUAUAUUCAUUACCUGUGAUGGAAAUACUAUAUUCUUUGGAGGUGUCUAGUGUUUCUUCUCUGGUCCAAAGAGGAAUUAGCACAGAUACUAUAUACCUUCUGGAAGGAAUUUGCAAAAGUGAUCCAAGACUCUCUGAAGACUCAGUCUCUGUUUUAGUGCUCAGAUGUCUUACAGAAGCUUUACCAGAAAACAGAUUGAGUCGGUUACUUCACAAACACAGAUUUGCUGAAGCUGAGAGCUUUGCCAUUCAGUUUGGACUAGAUGUUGAGCUUGUUUACAAGGUAAAAGCAAAUGAUAUCUUGGAGAAACUAGCUUUGAGUUCUCUGGAUACCCAUGAGCAGAGCAAAUGGCAGAAACUUGUAAAUGAAGCUAAGGAAAAUCUACAUAAAAUCCAAGAUGAUGAAUUUGUGGUGAAUUACUGCUUGGAGGCUCAAUGGAUAACCUAUGAAACAACCCAACAAAUGCUAAAUUAUGCCAAAAACAGGCUUUUAAAGAAAGAAGACAAAACUAUUCCUGUCUAUUCUGAUGGCUUAAAAGAGGUACUAAGGGCUCAUGCAAAGCUGACUACUUUUUAUGGAGCAUUUGGACCAGAAAAAUUCAGUGCUAGUUCUUGGAUUGAAUUUCUGAAUAAUGAAGAUGACCUUAGGGAUAUUUUUUUACAGCUAAGAGAAGGAAACCUUGUUUGUGCUCAGUACCUCUGGCUGAGACAUCGGGCAUACUUCGAAACCAGAUUUGAUGUGAAAAUGCUUGAGAACUUGCUUAACUCAAUUUCUACACCAGUGUCUUUGCAAAAGCUUUGUCCAUGGCUUAAAAAUGAUGUGAUCCCAUUUGUGAGAAGAACUAUACCUAAAGGACAGAAAAUUCUUGCAAAAUGGUUGGAGCAAGCAGCCAGGAACCUUGAAUUAACUGAUAAGGCAAACUGGCCAGAAAAUGGGCUUCAACUGGCAGAGGUAUUUUUUACAGCAGAAAAGCCAAAUGAGUUGGGAUUGGCAUCCUCUUGGCGAUGGAGUUCUUUGGAUUAUCAAAACACAGAGGAGGUAUGUCAGUUGAGGACUUUGAUAAAUAACCUGCGAGAAUUGAUCACAUUGCAUAGGAAAUACAACUGCAAAUUGGCUCUCUCUGAUUUUGAGAAGGAGAACACAACCACCAUUGUAUUCCGAAUGUUUGAUAAAGUGCUGGCCCCUGAGCUUAUUUCUUCUGUCUUUGAGAAGUUUAUAAGAGUUUACAUGAGGGAACAUGACCUACAAGAGGAGGAGCUUCUUCUGCUGUACAUAGAGGAUUUAUUGAAGAGAUGUAGCUCCAAGUCCACAUCACUCUUUGAUACAGCAUGGGAAGCAAAAGCCAUGGCAGUAAUAGGAUGUUUAUCUGACACAGAUCUCAUAUUUGAUGCUGUGCUCAAGAUAAUGUAUGCAGCAGUGGUUCCCUGGAGUGCAGCUGUGGAGCAGCUGGUGAAACAACACUUAGAAAUGGACCAUCCCAAAGUCAAGUUAUUACAGGAAAGUUACAAACUAAUGGAGAUGAAAAAACUUUUACGAGGCUAUGGAAUAAGGGAGGUGAAUCUCUUAAACAAGGAAAUAAUGAGGGUGGUCAGAUACAUUCUCAAACAAGACAUCCCAUCUUCUUUAGAAGAUGCUUUAAAGGUGGCCGAAGCAUAUAUGUUGCCUAAAGAUGAAAUCUACAGUCUAAGGAUUAUUGACCUGAUUGACAGAGAACAGGGUGAAGACUGUAUUCUUCUGUUGAGGUCCAUGGCUCCUGCUGAAGCUCAGAAAACUGCAGAAAGAGUAAUCAUAUGGGCACAACUGGCAUUACAGGAAGAACCAGAUAAUUCUAACGAGGACAAAGCCUGGAGAAUGUCUAUAGCGAAGACAUCAGUAGACAUUCUUAAAGUACUGUGUGACAUUCAGAAAGACAAUCUGCAGAAGAAGGAUGAAUGGGAAGAAACCUUGAAAGAAUUCAAAAGUGUUGUUAGCUUACAGGAGAACUUUGAGGUCUUUCUCUCGUUUGGAGAUUAUAACAAUAGUUCCCUGGUAGCAGAUCUCCGGGAACAGCACAUUAAAGCUCUCCAAGAUGCACAGGCUAAAUGCAGAUCCCAGAGGCCUGCAGAGCCCACGGAUACCCAGAAAAAGAGGCUGCAUGCUGAGGCCAAGCUGCAUAGACAGGCGCUGGCCCUGCAGGUAUCCAGACAAGAGCUGGAGUUUGAGCUGACCUUGAGAGCCUUGAAUGACGGGAACGUGGAAGCAGCGCUGAGAAAAUGCAGAGACUUGUUUAAGUAUCACCGCAAGGCGGACACUGGGGAAUUGCUGUUCCUGACGUGUCAGAAGCUCUGCCAGAUGUUGGCUCAUGGCAUUCCAAUGACCAUCCCUAAGGGACUAAAUCUUCCUUCUGAGAUACAUGAUCUAGCAUGCCAGGCUGCCACCAUCUGCAGUCCAGAUUUUUUGCUAGAUGCCUUAGAACUCUGUAAAUAUACGUUAACAGCAGUAGAGCUUUCCAGACAGUGCCAAAUGGAUGACUGUGGAAUUCUCAUGAAAACUUCUCUGGGGACUCAUAAAGAUCCAUACGAAGAGUGGUCUUACAGUGACUUCUUCAGCGAAGAUGGAAUAGUUCUCGAGUCCCACAUGGUUCUCCCUGUCAUCUAUGAGUUAAUUUCAUCACUUGUGCCUCUAGCCGAAAGCAAGAGAUAUCCCUUGGAUUCUACAAGUUUACCGUACUGCUCCAUCAGCGAAGGAAACAGUCUUGUGUUACCUGUUGUCAGUUCCAUCUCUGCCUUGCUUCAGAACCUUCAGGAAUCCAGCCAGUGGGAGCUAGCCCUGAGAUUUGUAGUUGGUUCAUUUGGUACCUGUCUUCAGCACUCUAUGUCAAAUUUCAUGAAUGCCAGUUUGAGUGAAAAGUUGUUUGGAGAGGCCACAUUAGUUAAAUCCAGGGAUGUGGUUAUGGAAUUGAAAGAGAAAGCUGUUACGUUUAUCAAGGGAAAUGCCACAACACUCUUGUACAAAGUAUUUAAUUGCCGCCUGGUGGAUCACGACUUGGCCUUAGGAUAUUGUACUCUCUUACCACAAAAAGCAGUCUUUGAAAAUCUCUGGAAGCUCAUAGAUAAAGCAUGGCAGAAUUACGACAAAGUGUUGGCAAUAUCUCUGGUGGGCUCUAAGCUGGCCAGUCUCUAUCAGGAAACAGAAAUGGAGCUUAAGUUCUGUGAACUCAGUACAGAUGCUCAGUGGGGUAUUCGUCUUAGUAAACUUGGUAUUUCUUUCCAGCCGGUUUUCCGGCAACAUUUUCUUACCAAGAAAGACCUAAUUAAAGCUCUUGUGAAGAAUAUAGACAUGGACACAAGCCUCAUUCUGGAAUAUUGCAGAUGGACCAUAUUAAAAUUGAAGUCCCACAUAAUCCCACCCCAAGGGAUCAUCACUGUUAAAAGAGUUUGCACAUUUCAGUUGGACUCUGAUGCGGCCCUUCAGCUAUUCAUCGAAACACUCCUCCACAACACUAACGCCAGCCAAAGCCAGGGAGACGCAAACACGGAAUCUACACAGGAGCAGCGUUCCAAACUCCUGGCCAAAGCCAUCGAAAUGGUCCCUUUACUGAGGAGCACAAAAGAUUUGGUCAUCAGUCUCAGCGGAAUACUGCAUAAGUUGGAUCCCUAUGACUAUGAGAUGAUUGAAGUUGUCCUGAAAGUCAUAGAAAGAGCUGAUGAAAAGAUAACCAACAUUAAUAUUAAUCAGGCAUUGAGCCUUCUGAAACAUUUGAAGUCAUACAGAAGAAUUUCUCCUCCAGUGGACCUAGAAUAUCAGUAUAUGUUGGAACACGUCAUAACUCUGCCAUCAGCUGCCCAAAUCAGAUUGCCUUUUCAUCUGAUAUUCUUCGGCACAGCACAGAACUUCUGGAAAAUUCUUUCUACGGAACUCAGCGAAGAAUCCUUCCCAACCUUGCUCUUAAUUUCUAAAUUAAUGAAGUUCUCUCUGGACACUCUGUACGUGUCUACAGCCAAACACGUUUUUGAAAAAAAACUGAAGCCUAAGCUGCUGCUGUUAACACAAGCUAAAUCCUCAACACUGAUUAACAAGGAGAUAACGAAGAUCACACAAACCAUUGAAUCCUACUUGUUAUCCAUAGUUAACCCAGAGUGGGCUGUAGCCAUUGCCAUCAGUCUUGCCCAGGAUGUCCCAGAAGGUUCCUUCAAGAUGUCCAGUUUGAAAUUCUGCCUGUAUUUAGCUGAGAGGUGGCUGCAGAACAUCCCAUCUGAGGAUGAAACACAUGAAAAAGCUGAAGCUCUGUUGAAGAAGCUUCACAUUCAGUACCGGAGAUCAGGCACUGAAGCUGUGCUCAUAGCCCACAAGCUGAACACUACAGAGUAUUUAAGAAUGAUCGGCAAGCCAGCACAUCUCAUUGUCAGUCUGUAUGAACAUCCUAGCAUAAAUCAAAGAAUUCAGGAUUCAUCUGGCAAAGAUUACCCUGAUAUUCAUGCAGCUGCUAAAGAAAUAGCUGAAGUCAAUGAAAUUAACUUGGAGAAAGUCUGGGACAUGUUGUUGGAAAAAUGGCUGUGCCCGUCCACUCAACCUGGUGAAAAACCAUCAGAAUUAUUUGAACUUCAAGAAGAUGAAGCACUCCGAAGAGUCCUGUAUCUCCUUCUGUCUCGUCCAAUUGAUUAUAGUUCAAGAAUGCUGUUUAUUUUUGCAACAUCAGCUACAACCACGUUAGGCGUGCACCAGCUCACUUAUGCCCAUAGAACGCGAGCCCUGCAGUGUCUUCUCUAUUUGGCUGACAAGGACACUAUAGAAUCUCUCUUCAAAAAAACCAUUGAAGAAGUGAAAUCUUAUUUGAAAAGUAUAACUUUUCUGGCAUCAUUCGAGACUCUGAAUAUCCCCAUCACAUAUGAAUUAUUUUGCAACAGUCCUAAAGAAGGAAUGAUCAAGGGUCUAUGGAAAAACCACAGCCACGAAUCCAUGGCGGUAAAGUUGGUGACUGAGCUUUGUUUAGAAUACAAAAUCUAUGAUCUGCCCCUGUGGAAUGGACUCUUGCAAAAACUUCUUGGCUUCAAUAUGAUUCCUUAUCUAAGGAAGGUUUUAACAGCCAUUUCUAGCAUCCAUUCUUUAUGGCAGGUUCCCUACUUCAGCAAAGCUUGGCAGCGUGUGAUUCAGAUACCACUACUUUCAGCCUCUUGUCCUUUAAGCCCCAGUCAGCUGUCAGAUUGUUGUGAGAGUCUCAUUGCUGUUCUGGAAUGUCCAGUUUCAGAUGAUCUUGACCUGAUCAGAGUGGCCAGGCAGUAUGUCCAGUUAGACCUUCCAGCUUUUGCAUUAGCCUGUCUGAUGCUCAUGCCCCACUCGGAAAAAAGGCACCAGGAAAUAAAGAAUUUUCUGGGCUCCUGUGACCCUCAGAUCGUUUUACAGCAAUUAGAGGAGCAUAUGAAUACUGGCCGGUUGGCAGGGUUUUCACAUCAAAUUAGAAGUCUGGUUCUGAAUAAUAUCAUAGACAAGAAGGAGUUUGGGAUUUUGGCAAAGACAAAAUACUUCACAGUGUUGAAAUCACACAUGAUGAAUACCAACAGCAUCACUGAGCUAGUAAACUAUUUGGCAAAUGAGUUAAGUUUAGAUGAAGCUUCGGUCUUUAUAACUGAGUAUUACAAGCAUUGUGGGAAACCUGUGCCACCAGACGCUACUCCCUGUGAAACUCUGAAGAUGUUUCUUAAUGGAUCAUAGUAGAUCAUCAAACCUUUUUCCAAGAAGAAUAAGAAGUUUGGAUUCUGCUAUUAACUGACCAUAUUUAUUGUAGGUUUAAAUUGUGCAGUGUGUGUUAUAGCUAUUGUCAAAUGUCCUUCAAGAAGAAAUAACCAAGAUGCUUAAUAAUAGACACUUGUCGCAUAAAGAACUCAUGUCCUGAAUUAAUAAAUCUUUUUUUUUUUUUUUUUUGCCAGUUACGUAUAUGACUUAAAGAAACUCUCAGUUUUUUGCACUCCAUUAUGAAGGAAAGUAUUUUGCUCCUCCCCCGUAAGAAAAGCAACUACUUCUAUUUUGUUUCUUCCACCUAUAUAAACAUCAGUCUUUUUAAUAUCGUUCUGGUAAAUAUGUAUAUAAUCUAAGCUGCAGAGUGUAUCAGUCAGUGACCAGCCAGAAAUAUGGCAGCCACCCUAGGUAGUUCAAGCAGAGAAGGAUUGAGGGUCAGGAAUUGAUUACAAAGGUGUCAAAAGGACUGAAAGGCAAAGGGGAGAUUGGAGGGUAGUGCUGGAGAAGCUAAAGGGAAGGGGCUGUUCCCAGAACAUCAGAAGCUGCCUUGCCUCUGAGCUGGGGCAUUACGGGGAACUGCUGUUCAGGUGGCUGAGCCUCGGCCCCAAAGCUGCCGAGUCAUGCUGCCGGCUGCUAAGCCAUCUCUGAAAGGUAAGAGAAGCAGCAUUUUGCUUUCUCCCACCUUCUAGUUCUCUAAUUGGCGUCAGUGCCAAGAAAUGACAGGACUGAACAGAAGCCAUCUGGCAGGGAGUCUGGAGGAGGCUGUCUGCAGGCCGGAAGCCUCCAGUAGGGCAGAGGCUGGCCUGCAGGGGCAGCAUGGAGCUGGAAGGCGGCGCUGAUGCCCCACUCACAGAAUUGCUCGUCACACCUCUCUCUCCCUUCGCAGUUUUUUGUUCUAUUUGUGAAUAAACUCAAUUUGAUUCUGCUAGAA